AUGGCAGACGUACUGCCAUCACCUCCCUUUGUGGAAGUCCCUGGCAUCUAUAACUUCAGAGACAUCGGCCAUGGUCAGGAGGUCCGCUCGGGCCUGGUCUUUCGAUCUGCAGAUCCCUCCAAAGCCACCGAGGCUGGUCUCCAGAAGAUGAGCCAGGACUUAGGAUUGAAAGUGGUAUUUGACCUGCGCUCAGCUCAAGAAAUCGCCCGUGAUGGCCCUGAAUGGGCGGGCGUCGAAGUAGACAAGACCCAGCCGUUCGAGGGAGUAGGCAUCAAAAGAGAGUGGGUUCCUGUGUUCGCGACUCAGGACUAUGGCCCAGAGGCGGUGGCGAUACGCUAUCAAUAUUAUACCUCCGGCAAGGAGGGCUUUGUCAAAGCAUACCAUGACAUCCUGAAAGCUGCGCCAACAGCAUAUUCGACGAUCUUCAGGCAUCUCGCCCAGCCUAAUCCAAGUCCCUGUCUGGUCCAUUGUACAGCGGGCAAAGAUCGGACCGGUGUGCUGGUGGCGUUGCUGUACUUACUGGCGGGCGUGGACAAGGACAGCAUCGCAGAGGAGUACUCUUUGACGGAUCAAGGAUUAGCUCCUUUGAAACCACUCUUCAUAGAGCGUCUUCUGCAAAACCCUGCGCUCAAAGGCAACAAGGAAGGAGUAAUGACAAUGGUCAGCUGCAAAAAGGACAACAUGGUUGCUACACUUGAGAUGAUAGAGAGGGAUUUUGAGAGCCCGGAAGCGUACAUGAAGAAGCAGUGCGGCAUGAGCGAUCAGGAGAUUGAGCAGUUGAAGAGCAAUCUUAGACAGGGCUAG